AUGUCUAUCAAAUUCAAUCCCAUCCUUGGCACUCUCUUAGUGUUGGUUUCCACCGUUCUCCUCCAUGUCUCCGAGGCACUAGGCGGCCGGAAAGAAGUUAACGGAGAUGAUUGGGAUACCAUACCAGACCUACAAGACCUUAAAGUGGUGGAGAUAGGAAAAUUCGCGAUUGAUGAGCAUAAUAAAGAGGCCAAAACAAAAUUAGAGUUUCAGAACUUAGAUUGGGGAUUAAGGAAAGUUGAUAAGGAAAUUAUAAAUUAUCGACUGGUCAUCAUGGCUAAGGACGUUGAUAAGCCACAUUAUUAUAAGUAG